AUGGAUUUGCCACCAGUAAACCUCGCCGAGCUGCUCCGGCACCCCGAUGAUCUCGACAAGAUCACCACCCUCAAGGCCGAGUUCAUGCGGAAAAAGGCAGCCGUCGACUCCCAACUUCGCAGCGGCUUGCGGGAGCAGCUCGAGACGACACAGGCCGGUAUGAACGGCUUGUCCGAGGGACAAAAGACGGUGCAGCAGAUCAAGGAGGAAAUGAUGAAAAUCGACAAGAUCUGCUCCGAGUCGCAAGACAUGAUCACCGACUUUGCGACCAUCAACCUGGUAUCGCAAGCCCACCGCAACUUUGGCGCCGUCGAGACUAUGCGCCGCAACCUCGAGACUUUCAGCGAGCGCCUAGACGCCAUCGACAGGAUGCUGAACGAGGACGACGAGGACCCCGAGAACAUGCCCAACUUGCUGGCUAUUCACUACGAGUUGACGCAGCUCCGUAAUAUCCGCGACGAUGCUAUCGAACAAAUACAAAGAGGCGACGACCCGGGCCUGCAGUCUACAUUGGAAGAUUACUUUUCGCGGCUGGAUAAAUACAUUGAGUGGUUUGAUGUGAAUAUCACCCUCGUGGCCAUGAGCUUGAUCAACCUGGUCAUUGCAGACAACAACAGUUUGGUAGUGCGGUUUGCACUGAUAAUAGAGGCUGAGGAGAAGAGCGACCAGAGGGUUUUGGCUUUGCAAGAAGCGCUGAAGGAUCACAAGGAAAUGGCUACGCGCUUCCAGAGCAUAACCGAUGGCGCCAAGACGGUCAGGGGCUACAAGGACAAGUUCUUGAAGGCUAUCAAGACCUUUGCAGAGGACCAGUUCAAGGAGAGCAGAGAGAAAUUCCUGGGUGACCCGGAUAUGCUCGAUAAGUCUUUGAAAUGGUACUUCAACGACCUGAACGCUGUCAAAAUCGGCAUGACACCACUCAUGCCCAAGAAGUGGAAGAUAUUCAAGACAUGGGCUACCAUUUACCACGGCCUGAUGCACGACUACCUUAUUGCGCUAAUCGACGACCCGGGGACCAGCUCGGCACACACACUAGCCAUCAUCAGCUGGCCUGAGGCAUACUAUCGCAAGAUGACCAAGUUGGGCAUGAAGCAGGACGAACUAACACCCCAUGUGAUCGACAACCGCGAGGCAGAACUGGUGCGCGACUUCCGCGCCCUCAUCAUCAAGUUCCUCGACGAGUGGAUCGACCGUAUCUACAAGCAGGAGUGCAAGGAUUUUGCCGACCGCAACGUCGAGGGCGGCAACCUUGACCAGGACGAGUAUGGAUACUUCCGCACCAAGAACCUGGUCGACCUCUGGCGCAUGCUUCGCGAGCAAGUCGAUGCCGCGGGCAACUCGAAGCGUGCCGAUGUCGUGGAAGGUGUCAUCGACGCCAUGUUCCAGCGCUUGCGUACCCGCCAGCAAUCCUGGCAGAAGAUGCUCGAAGACGAGGCUGCGCGCUACGAGCUGCAACCCUACAAGGACUGGCUUGUGGCCACAGCCAACGACCAAAUUGCCUGUAUCGACGACAAUGAGGACGAAGGGCGGAUGGCCUACCUGUCCGACUUCCGGCGCAAGUUCAGCCCGCUGGUGUCGCCGCAGUACAUGGACCGGGCCGAGACGGAGAUCAACGCUCUGCGCGACGGCUACGUCGACCUGAGCACGUGGUGCAUGACCAAGUUCGCGCAGCUGGUGUUCGCGGUCGACUUCCGCACCGUCAUGCCGGACUUCUUCACCCCGAGAUGGUACACGACCAACGCCAUGGCUUCCAUGAUCGCCACGUUCGAGGAGUACGUGUCCGACUACAAGUUGGUGCUGCACCACUCGCUCGUCGACAUCUUCAUCGAGAUCUUUGCCGAGGAGCUGCUGAUCCGCUACCUAUCGUCGGUCCGCAACAAGGGCGCCAAGUUCCGCAGGCAGGAUAACUUCCAGGACAAGAUCUAUGACGACCUUUCCACGGCCUUUGACUUCUUCAACAGCUUGCCCAACCCGGAUGUGGGCAACGCCAUCAAGGAUACGUGGCGCGCGUCGGAGCCGUUUCUGCAGCUGUUGACGGUCGAUAGGGAGGCGGUCCCCGACGCGUUUGCGGAGUUCAAGAGCCAGUAUUGGGAUUUGCAAAUUAGCUGGGUCGAGGCGGUGUUGAGGUCUAGAGAUGACUUUGAGAGAAGCAUGUUGAAUGCGGUCAAGGCUAGGGCCGCCCAGAUGGACGUUGUUAGAGGACCGGAGACUAUCAUGAGUAAGGUUAAAUAA